ACCUUAUGCCUAGAACUAAAUUAAGACCAAAAAGCCCAUGUUUGUUUUCAUACAUUUUUACGAAAUAGACCAUUUUACUUUGUAGCUGUGGUAACUAGUGGAAACCGAGAGCGCAAACAAACGAAAAGAGAGCGAGAGAGACAGAGAGAGAGGAACCAUAGUUGGGGGAGCAUCUAUUUAUCUUCCGAGGAAUGCCUGAAAUCUUCGAGGCGAUGGGGACUGUUCUCCGGAUUAUUCUCUGCAUGGAUCAGACUACGUGUCAUUUCACUCUGUCGGUAUCGGUAUGAUUAACGUAAAGUUGGAUUACGGGAGUAUGGAGAGGAGGAAGAGCCUGUUUUCCUGGCUGGUACUCUUCACGGUGCAGUUCAGCCGGAGUUCACAGCAAGUACUCAGAAUAGGUGGUAUCUUUGAGACUCGUGAGAGUGAGUUGGUGAGUGUAGAGGAGUUGGCGUUUAAGUUUGCAGUGAGCAACAUCAACAGGAACCGGACCUUAAUGCCCAACACCACUCUGACCUACGACAUCCAGAGAAUCAACCUCUUCGACAGCUUCGAGGCCUCCAGGAGAGUGUGUGACCAGUUGGCUCUGGGUGUAUCUGCAGUGUUUGGCCCGUCCCACAGCUCCUCAGUCAGUGCUGUCCAGUCCAUCUGUAACGCCCUGGAGGUACCUCACAUCCAGACGCGCUGGAAACACCCGUCAGUGGACAACAGAGACACAUUUUACAUCAACCUCUACCCAGAAUACACUGCAAUCUCCAGAGCCAUACUGGACAUAGUGACUUUCUUCAAGUGGAAGAGCCUAACAGUGGUCUACGAGGAUAGCACAGGUCUGAUGCGGAUGCAGGAGUUGAUCAAGGCUCCGUCUAAGUUGAACCUGAAGAUCAGGAUACGGCAGCUUCCACCUGGAGAGAUUGAUGCCAGACCUCUUCUGAAGGAGAUGAAGAAAGACAAAGAGUUCUAUAUCUUGUUUGACUGCUCCUACCGGACCUCCGCAGAGAUACUCAAACAGCUCUCGUCGAUGGGAAUGAUGACAGAAUACCAUCACUUCUUCUUCACUACAUUGGAUCUGUUUGCGUUAGACCUGGAGCCGUACCGCUACAGUGGGGUGAAUAUGACAGGUUUCAGGCUGUUGAAUAUAGACGACCCGUAUGUAGCUUCCACCAUGGAGAGGUGGUCUCUGGAGAGGCUUCAGGCUCCACCUAAACAGGAGAGUGGAUUAAUGGAGGGAGUUAUGACGACGGAGGCGGCGUUGAUGUAUGACGCGGUGUUCAUGGUUGCCGUGGCGUCACAGCGAGCCACUCAGAUGACGGUCAGCUCCCUGCAGUGUCACCGACACAAACCCUGGCGUUUUGGACCUCGCUUCAUGAACCUCUUCAAAGAGGCCCAGUGGGAUGGUCUGACAGGUCAUAUAGUCCUCAAUAAGACAGAUGGGCUGAGGAGAGACUUCGACUUGGACAUCAUCAGUCUGAAGGAAGAUGGCACGGCCAGGGGCUUUGUUGAAGGCUCCAGUCGUCUCACUAAAAGGUGGAGCAAGAUUGCGGUGUGGAACUCCUACACGGGUUUGAACCUUACAGAGAGCAGCAGGGAUAAAACCAACAAUGUGACGGACUCUAUGGCCAACAGGACACUGAUCGUUACUACUAUAUUGGAAAACCCUUAUGUGAUGUUUAAGAAGUCAGACAGGGAGCUGUCCGGUAACGACCGGUUCGAGGGCUACUGCCUGGACCUGCUGAAGGAGCUGUCCAACAUCCUGGGGUUCACCUACGAGGUCAAACUGGUGUCUGAUGGGAAGUAUGGUGCACAAAACGAUAAGGGGGAAUGGAACGGCAUGGUCCGAGAGCUCAUCGACCACAUAGCUGAUCUGGCAGUAGCCCCUCUGACCAUCACAUAUGUGAGGGAGAAGGUGAUAGACUUCUCUAAGCCCUUCAUGACUCUGGGCAUCAGUAUCCUGUACAGGAAACCCAACGGCACCAACCCCGGAGUGUUCUCCUUCCUCAACCCCCUGUCUCCUGACAUCUGGAUGUACGUACUACUGGCCUGCACCGGAGUGAGCUGCGUCCUGUUUGUCAUCGCCAGGUUUACUCCCUACGAGUGGUACAACCCUCACCCCUGCAACCCCUCAUCAGAGUUGCUAGAGAAUAAUUUCACCUUACUCAAUAGUUUCUGGUUCGGAGUGGGAGCUCUCAUGCAGCAAGGGUCAGAGUUGAUGCCUAAGGCCUACUCCACCCGUAUAGUAGGAGGCAUCUGGUGGUUCUUCACCCUGAUCAUCAUCUCCUCCUACACGGCCAACCUGGCUGCCUUCCUAACCGUGGAGAGGAUGGACGCCCCCAUCGACUCGGCUGACGACCUGGCUAAACAGACCCGUAUAGAGUACGGAUCAGUCAGGGACGGGUCCACCAUGACCUUCUUCAAGAAAUCUAAGAUCUCCACCUAUGAGAAGAUGUGGGCGUUUAUGAGCAGCAGGAAGAACACAGCUCUGGUGAAAAACAACAGAGAGGGGAUCACCAGGGUGCUGACCACAGACUACGCUAUGUUGAUGGAGUCCACCAGCAUAGAGUACAUCAGUCAGAGGAACUGUAACCUCACGCAGAUAGGAGGACUCAUAGACUCCAAGGGCUACGGAGUGGGAACACCAAUAGGCUCCCCUUACAGAGACAAGGUGACCAUCGCCAUCCUGCAGCUCCAGGAAGAAGGGAAGCUUCACAUGAUGAAGGAGAAGUGGUGGAGAGGGAACGGUUGUCCUGAGGAGGACAACAAAGAAGCCAGCGCGUUGGGAGUGGAGAACAUCGGUGGCAUCUUUAUCGUCCUGGCGGCUGGACUCGUCCUGUCUGUCUUCGUAGCCAUCGGAGAGUUCAUCUACAAGGCCAGGAAGAACUCUGACAUAGAGGAGUGUGUCUCUUUUAGCUCUGUCAUGGAGGAGCUGGGCAUCUCCCUGCGCUGUCACAAAACCAUCAGGCGAAGGUCACGACCCCGGGGACGAUCUGGAUUGGCCAGCGUCCUCUGUCACCCCAAACGCAUCCUGAGGAAAGAGACUAUGGCGUAGGGACAUCCCCGCCUAUGCUUUAAUGAACUGAGGAAAACUCUUGUUGUAACAGACUCCUAUUGGACCCCUCCCAAGAUCUGUUUGUUUGUAUAUAUUGGACUGGAUGUUGUUUGUUUCUCUCUCUUUUGUUUUUUUUUGUGUAUAUACAUAAGAGCAAAUAAGCAUUGAGGAUGUAUUGUUCGUCAACCAGGAAAUGAACUUUGAGGAUGUAUUGUUCGUCAACCAGGAAAUGAACUUUGAGGAUGUAUUGUUCGUCAACCAGGAAAUGAACUUUGAGGAUGUAUUGUUCGUCAACCAGGAAAUGAACUUUGAGGAUGUAUUGUUCGUCAACCAGGAAAUGAACUUUGAGGAUGUAUUGUUCGUCAACCAGGAAAUGAACUUUGAGGAUGUAUUGUUCAUCAACCAGGAAAUGAACUUUGAGGAUGUAUUGUUCGUCAACCAGGAAAUGAACUUUGAGGAUGUAUUGUUCGUCAACCAGGAAAUGAACUUUGAGGAUGUAUUGUUCGUCAACCAGGAAGUAGGAAUCUGACAGUUUGGAGUGGCGAUACAGUGCUUGGGUGUUUUAUACAUUUUACAGUGCUUGACUGGUUUAUACAUUUUGUGAAAAAGUGUAAACAGCUCUUUUGCCUCAAAAGACCAGAUCAUUGAACUACUAGAGAAGAAACAAAGUCCUGAAAGAAUGUUUCACUCUGGCUAAGGAGACUUCCAGACUGCAUGGUGUCUUUGAUGCAACACUUGUAAAUGACAAAAUGGGAUGAUCCAGGAUGCUCUGUGAGAUUGGACUCCUCUGCUACUGAGGAUACUACUUUGGACCACUAUUAACAAAUCAUUUUACGGCUCUGAGCCCGACUUCACCGGGCCCCUCCAAACAAGGUACUUUACCUCAGCACAAAGUGCAAUCUCCUCUCAGUCUGGUCAUGGGUUACUAAAUUUCCCCUGGGGGCUAAACAAGACAGGCAUACAGGUUCUCAUUUCCGGGCCUUUGCCAACAAUAGAUCACGGAUCGCUUUAGUCAUCUCAUCUUGACUACACUGUUGGCUUAAAUUCUACUGUUCAUCCAUGAAUUUGAAGUUCAUUGACAAUUUUGACAACUUCUGGGAGAGGUAUCAGUUUUACCCGUGCGAGCAAGAGUUCUCAGCCAUCAUCAAGGAGGCUCUUGUAAAACAUUGACUCAUAUACAGCCCAACCCUGGCCCAGGUUGUUCUUCCCAUUCCCACUAUUUCACAGCUUUAUCAUCGUACUACUACAGAUAACCAUAUUCCCAAGGGGUAUUGUGUGUAUUAAUGUUGUGGCCAUAAAGUGAAUGUAAUCUGUAAUCUGUUAGUUCUGUUACUGUUAGCCCAAUUGGGAAGCCCACUGUGGUAAACUCGUCCUGUGCUAUUAUUAUUUUAAAUACCAUAAAUAUGGACACCACCGCUGUUUUCAAAUGGAAUAGAGGGUUUGGACUGUUAAAUAUCAGGGUAGAAAAGUUUGAUGUCAAAGAUGGGACACGAGUCCGGAUGUUUUGGUUCUCGCUUGGCUAAAUGGCUCGAUCUCGGAUAAGGACAUUGAUACUGCAGAUUACAGCAACUUCACCUUGACUUUGUUCACAUUUUGUUCUGUUACAGCCUGAAUUUAAAUUUGAUUAAAUUUGAGACUUGUGGGGUCACUGGACUAAUGUCAAGGUGGAAUAAUGUUUUUCAAAAAUGUUUAUUUAUUAAUUAAAAAAUGAAAAGCU